CUCGACGCCUCGUCCUCCUUCUUUUUCGAGUCAGACCAGCUCUUGUGCUCGAAGACAGUGAAUAGGAUCGGAGAUCAAGGCCACCGUUUCGGAGAAACUUUGAGCUUCUGAGUCAUAGGAUUUGUGUUUCAUCUACCGAGGCAUUCUUCAUUGAGCUGGGCAAAGUUCGAAGCUUUGCAUGACCAUGUAACUGGAGCUUUCUGGCCAUUCUUUAUCUCUGGUUUUCACCAUUUUUCCACGAUCAAUCUUUCAGAAAGGCAUUAUUGUGUCUCCACCGCCUAGCCCUACUGCCAAUCUUUCAAAGGUUACAGAGAGGGAUUAAAAACAACUAUUAAAGGAAAAACGUGGGGAUGUUUAUGCUUUGCUUUUCUAUCUACUGGCGGUUGGAAGUGGCCUUUUGAUUGGUGGAUUAGAGGCUUCAGAAAAGGAAGAUAUAUGCAUGUUUGGAGAGCAUCCUUGUAGAGGAAGUGUUUGAACAAUUGAAGCGUACAACAGAGGGUCUGAAAUUUGAGGAGCAUUUAGUUUCAACAAUCACUUCAAGAUAAAUCCAAGUGUUCAGAUAGUUGGAAGCAAUGGGUUCUAAGAAGAAGGAAAAGGUUGAAAGAGAUAAAAAGCCAAAGAAAGAAGCUGAUUUGGAGACUUGUUCUGAGGCUGACAAGGUGGCUGAUAAGAAAGCAGAAUCUGAAUCUGCAGAGACCAUCACAAGCACCGAAUCAACUAAAAGAAGAGGGAAGCGAAGUGUGGUGGAAAUGUAUAAGGUUGUGAUCGAGAAGGCUUUGGGAAAAAAAUUUAAAGUGACAUACACCGACACCGGGAAUCCCAAUGGAUGAGUACGACACACUUUGCAAUCAUAUAUAGGGAUGCUAGCGCGGAAAAUGGUGCCCAUUAACAUUGUAAGCUGGCCCGAAGUAGACGGUGAAUUGAAAGAUAAAAUUUGGAUCGACGUCCAGGAUACAUUCAAAGUGGCCCCUGAAAGCAAGAAAUUAGUAUUGACAUUUGCUGGCACUAAAUGGAGACAAUUCAAGACCAACUUAACAAAUAAGUAUGUGUUGCCAUACUUGGGAAAGAAGAAGAAAUUGAGAAAGGCACCAAAGCAGUAUGCAUUCGUUGGGUUACAGCCAUGGAAGGAGUUUGUAAGUCAGAGGACUACAGAGGCAUGGCUGAAACUUCAUAAUGACCAAAGUAAACGAGUCAAGAAGAGAAAAUACCAUCAUAGAUUAUCAAGAAAAGGAUAUAUUGGACUAGAGGAGGAAUUGGAGAGGUUAUUGACCGUGCAAUUCUAUGGAAGAAGGCCCGUGUACUUAAAAAUUGGGAGAUAAGUGAGGAGGUGACACCGAUUGCAACAAAGAUAGAUGAAUUGAUGGAGAAGAAAAGGAAGGGUGAGCUAGAAAUUUCAGGGAGUAGUGAUGUAUUAUCUCAAGCACUAGAAACUCAUGAACAUUCGGGUAGGGUAAGGGGUGUUGGAGUCUUCGUGAAUCCGUCUACCUACUUUAAGCUUCCAAAGCAGAAAAGGGUGAGAAUUACUAAGGCAUAAUUACUGGCACGUGAUAGAGAGCGUGAUCGGGAGCUGGAGGAGACAAAGAAAAUAAUUCUUGAAAAACAAGCAAAGGCAGAAGAGCUAUUACAUAAAAGGAUUGCUCAAUUAGAAGCAUUGAUAACAGAAAAGGCAACCUAUACACCACAUUCCCCUAUAUCAGAUAAAGGCAGUUUCCAUGAUAAAGAAAAGAAAAGGCCAAUUGAUCUUGAUGUUGACAAGGUGCAAGAAAAUGUAGAUGAUGGUGAGAUUGUUCCUCCCCCUGCAGAUAUGGGUGGCACCUGCGAGUUGGCAGUGAAUACCAUCAGCAACAUAGUUGCUUUUGGUACCGUAUUCGAUGACGCGGAUAUUAACAAGACGAUACAUGGAGCUCCAUUGAAGGAGGGGUGUGUUAGAGUGUCGGUGGAUGGUGAUAUUCAAGGCGAUGCACCACUACCUUUCCCUAUAGUGGGUGAGAUGGAAUUGGUUCGAGAAGCGGUUGGAAGUCACGUGGCUUGGCCUGAGGAGUUUGUUAUUCAAAGACAACCAGUGAAGAAAAAGAAAAGAAAUAUGGAUUUUGUCAAAUCAAUGUUCAAUAAAGUUGAGCUUCCUCCAUUUGUGCCCAAGCGCUGUAAGUUAUUGUACAAACAUGCCACAACAAUCAUGAAACAAACUAGUGAGGCAAUAACCACAGUGUUGGAUGACAAUGUCUUUGGCAUACACAAAGAACUCUUUAUCUUGGCUGAGAAUGUGAUUGAUCUCAUAGAAAUGAAAAAGAUUGGCCAAGGAGUGAUAGCAGCAUACAUGGUGCAACUACAUGAACUUAUUACUGAACGAGACGAGUUGGAAACUUUUGCCUUUAGUGAUCCUGCUGCUACAUAUAAUUGCGAGAGAUCAAACUUUAGUUCCUACUUAGUGAAUCGGUUGAAAGAGGGAAAGACUGAUCGCAUAUUCUUUAUGCCCUACAAUCCUGGUGCAAUUAAAAGUUUCAAUGCUGAAACGGGUAGCGCUAACAAGGUGUCGAAAUUGAAACUAUUUCCGGACGUACCUAAACAAUCGGGUGGAGUUGAGUGUGGCUAUUGUGUAAUGCGAUACAUGAAGGACAUUAUAAAUGAUGACACGCUUUCAUUUCUGACCAAGUGGGUAGCGAAGACUCGGCAAGUAUACACCCAAGAUGAACUUGACGAGGUCCGCAUUGAAGUAGCUGACUAUUUGCAGACUUUACUAUAGAUGCUGACUCUACGAAAGUGAUUUUGAGUAAGGCUAGUUAGAUUUUGUAGAACCAUUUUGAAGUAGAACGUUGUACAGUUGCAGGUGAACUAAACUGCAUAUAGUUGUUACAAUGGUCUAUUUUGGGUUAGCCUUGAUGUAGGCUGGGGUGUUUUUGCCUAUUUUUGAAACUAUUAACAAUUCUGCUGUUCGACAGAAAUUAAUGCAA